AUGACUGUUCAGGAAAUUCUGGAGAAACAUAAGAAAGUGUUUGAACCUGGAAUCGGUAAACUGUCGGACAUCAAAGGAAAACUUACAAUACCUCGGGUGGAAGAGGAACUCAACAGAUUACAGCAGGAAGGCGUCAUCUCACCUAUCGAAUUUAGUGACUGGGCAACCCCAAUAGUACCCCUACCUAAGGCAAACGGCAAAGUGAGAAUUUGCGGUGAUUACAAAGUGACAGUUAAUCCUGCCUUGAAAAUCGAACAAUAUUCAUUACCAAAGAUAUCAGAUAUCUUUACGCCGCUUAGCGGAGGACAGAAAUUUAGCGAAAUUGACUUAACGCAGGCGUACCUACAGAUGGAAGUGGAUGAGGCAUCAAAGAACUUGCUUAUCAUUAACACACAUAAGGGACUUUUCUGCUUUAACCGACUUCCCUUUGGAAUCGCUUCCGCUCCUGCUAUCUGGCAAAGAGCCAUGGACCAAGUUCUUGCAAACAUUCCAAAAACUAGGUGCAUUUUGGAUGACAUGAUUAUUACAGGCUCGACAGAUGAAGAACACUUACAGAAUCUCAGUCUUGUGCUUGAGAGAUUCGAACAACACGGGUUAAAGGCAAAUUUGGAAAAGUGUGAAUUCUUUAAGGACAAAAUUAGUUAUUGA